AGUGAGUCAGUAGUGGGCGUGGCUUAUGUUUGCGAUUGUUUUUGUCAUGCAUACUGCAGACAGCGAUGACAUUCAUCUACAUGUUUGUUUGUUUUUUCAAAUCAAUCAAUCACAUUUCAUGUUUUGAUCAACAUCUGUUUGUUUAUUCAUCGUAAAAUGGACAGUUCUUCAGCGCAAAACACAGAGAAGGACAGGCUGCUGACCUCUGUCACAGACUAUGAGUCCAGUGACCUCAAUGGCAGGUGUCACGGCAACCUUCAAACCCUGGAUGUGUCUUCGUCAGGGUCAUUUCAGCAGCGUGAGGAGGAGGCCCUGAGGAGGAAGCUGAAAUAUUUCUUCAUGAGUCCAUGUGAUAAAUAUCACGCUAAAGGCCGCAAACCCUUCAAACUCGUCCUUCAGCUGCUAAAGAUCAUCAUAGUUACAGUACAGCUGGUAAUGUUUGGUCUCAGUAAUCAUAUGGUGGUCGCUUUUAAGGAAGAAAACACAGACUCUUUCAAACAUCUGUUCCUGAGAGACUAUAAGGAUGAUUCUGAAGAACCAAUCUGUAUCCACACACAGAAAGAUGUUUAUGAACACAUUGAAUACGCUAUAGAUCAGUAUCUGUCUCUAUCACAGACAUCAGUAGGCAAGUACGCAUAUGUUUCAGGUGUGGGUUUAAACGGAAGCGCCCUCUCUCUGUGUCAGCGGUACUACAGGAAGGGUAGCAUUGAUCCAGUCAAUGACACGUUUGACAUUGACCCUCAUGUUAUGACAGAUUGUAUUGGACUGAAUCCACUCAUGGAUGUCUCACCUUCACUACAAAACAACUACCAGUACAAGAACUUUACCCUCAAAUUUCAAAAGUUAAUUAAUGUAACGAUAGAGUUUCAGCUGAAGGCAAUAAAUAUUCAGACGAUUAUCAAUAAUGAGAUUCCUGACUGUUACACCUUCUCCAUCACAAUUCUGUUUGAUAAUAAAGCUCACAGCGGUAAAAUAAAGCUGAGUUUGCAGAAUCAAGCGUCCAUUAAGGAGUGUCGAGACCCUAAUGUGUCCGGACACGCGGACAGCUAUGCUCGUGUAGCGUUUGAUCUGUUUGUGGCUGUGAUCUGUGGUCUUUCUCUGGUGUUGUGUGGACGCUCCAUCAUCAGAGGAAUCAUCCUGCAAAACGAGUUUGUGCAGUAUUUCAGACGCUCUCUGGAUCGUUCAGUGUGUUGGGGAGAUCGUCUGGAGUUUAUUAACGGCUGGUAUCUGCUCCUCAUCAUCAGCGAUGUUCUCACCAUCAUCGCCUCCUUCAUUAAAAUCGCCAUAGAGACCAAGAAUCUGGCGUCUUACGAUGUCUGCAGUAUUUUAAUGGGAACCUCCACGCUGCUGGUGUGGGUGGGUGUGAUACGAUACUUCAGCUUCUUUCAGAAAUAUAAUAUUCUUAUUGUGACUCUGCGAGCUGCGUUUCCAAAUGUGAUUCGAUUCUGCUGCUGUGCUGCUGCUAUAUACAUGGGCUACUGCUUCUGCGGCUGGAUCGUCCUGGGACCUUACCACAAUAAAUUUCGUUCUCUCUCUACAGUGUCCGAGUGUUUGUUUUCUCUGAUAAACGGCGAUGACAUGUUUGCGACGUUCUCUGAGGUGGAGCAAAGUGGGGCGCUGGUGUGGGUCUUCAGUCAGGUGUAUCUCUACACCUUCAUCUCGCUCUUCAUCUACAUGGUUCUGUCGCUCUUCAUCGCUGUCAUCACUGGAGCCUACGAAACCAUCACACAACAAUCCCAGGAUCCUCCUCAGGUGUCUGAAGUGCAUCGCUUCAUCGCUGAAUGUACAGACACACCAACAUCUGGAAACUUUCACAGUCCUGAGACGUCAACAUGUUCAAUCUUCUGCUGCUUUAACUAGUGUGUCUUUAAAGGAAAGAGACUUUUAUUUUGCCUUAGAUUUCUUCAGCUGAGACGAUGAAGCUCUCGGCAUGCAAAGCUUUUAAGGUAAAUAAUAAGUUUUUCCAUAAAUGCUGAACUGAAGUGCUCCCUCUUCACACACACACAAUAUGAUCGCACAUACAUUACAUUUUAAAUGCUUUAGUGAAUCCUGACAUGCUCACGGUUCACCCCAAUUUUUUUUUUUAUUUGCACUAAAGAAAUGAAGCCUGUUUUAAGACCAUUAACAUCCACUGAGACGUUUUUCAUUCUCAGAUUCUUAAAAACAUUCAGGAUUUGUUUAUUUUGUAAUUCACCUUAUCUUCAAAACAUAUUUAAAGUUAUGCAGUAAAGUGUAAUUAUACAAUGUUUACUGUAUUAUAGAUAAACAAUUACUGUGAUAUUGCAGUAAAAUGUAAGGACAUUGUAAGGAUCAUUUCUUGUCAAUUCUGUUACUGUCAAACUCUGUUAGUAAGGUCGAGUAACAAUGUUGACAGUCCAGUAACAGAACUGACACACAUGUAGCCUGUAACAUCUCGAGUACCAAAUUAUUACAAUAUUUACAAAUAUAAUAUUAAAAAAACUUCCAUUAUACAAUUCCUCAUAAAUAAUGUAAAAUAUGGCGAUGGUCUCGUGAUGGGCUUCAGGUCUCUGUUUAUUGAUUGUGAGAUUGAUUUAGAUUUUAUUAAUGUGUGUUUGUAUUGUAGAUGUCUGUUUAUCGUUCAGUUAUGAGUACAGCUGAAUGUACAGAUGUUUGUUAUGUGUUGUUUAAAUGUAUAUUAACCUUUUGUUUACUGCUUAAUAUGCACGUUAGGUAUUUCUGAUUUAUUGUAGGUGAAGAGUCGUAUAGAUGAUAAACGCCAAAUUCACCGUGUGUGUGUGUGUGUGUGUGUGUGUAAGAAAGCAUAGCCUUCAGCUUUAUUAUAAUAUUAAUAUUAAUGAGAGGGGAGGAGUCGGGCGUUUCUAUCUUCAGGGCUACACACAGAUGAGUUCACCAGAGAUUUCCUGCAGAUGACCUGAGGAGUCUUUGUGUUUUCUCUCAACAUUUCUGAUGAAAUAGACACGGUUGAUGUUGUUUAUUAUAGCGUCAUUGAUGUAUGAUCUGCCUUUAAAGCUUUACUUGUUUCUUUUAGUACUGGUAUUUAUAAACGAUGAUUAUACAAACAUGAGGGACCAGACACCAGCUAAACACACAGGUGAAUGAAACAUAAACUGAGUGUGUCAUAUGAUUCAGAUUAUUAUUGUAAUCUGUAUUUCUUUCAUUAUUCUGAUCUGGCAUCUUACAGUUUUUUAUUGAUUAUAUUAGCACUAUUAUAAUUUCUACAGAUGUAUACAUCUUUGACUCGGUGUACAGUAGUGUGUAAAACAAGCAGAAUCUCAUUACAUCAUUUGUUUAUGUUAUUAUGAUGGAUCUUUUUUAACCAGCUGAUUGUAAAUUAAUUUUUUUUAAUAUAUAUUAUUUUAUUUGGAUUAUUAUAUUAUUAUUUUCUUUUAUAUAUUAUGCUUUCGGUUUAAGAAAACCACACUGUAAAUAUAAUGUAUUAUUAUCAUUAUUAUUAUUAUUAUUAUAAAGGCUUUAUUUCCUUUGCUGUAAUUUUGACCUACCCAGAAUGCAUUUAUAUUCUUGUUUUAUGAUUAUGGUAACGUACUUUUAAUUUAUUCACGGUUCAUUCAUAUUUAAAUGACAUUCGUGAUUUAAUGUGAACUCUUAUAGAUAGUUCUGUCGGUUUGACUUUAGGAGUCAAAUGUUUGAUUUAAAGUUUUUUUUU